AUGUCUGAACAGCUGGAAGUCAAGGACGCGCACAAGGUCGACGAAUCGUCAUUUCCCUACAUUUUUGAGGAGAAUGCUGCUGUGCCACUGAAGACAUCGUCCAAGGGCAUUAUUCGUUGCAAUGUUUACCGUCCGAAAUCAACCAAGGAAGGUACUAAACUUCCUGUGCUGGUGACUUAUGGACCUUACGGAAAAGACAUUCACUACAAAGACUUCCACGGAAAAUCGUUCUCGGAAGUCAAUCCUGAGCAUCAUUCUGAUCAUUCAGCAUGGGAAACACCAGAUCCUGGUUUCUGGACCAAGCAUGACUACGUUAUCGUGCGCGCCGACGAGCGCGGCCUUGGCCAGUCGCCAGGCUUCCUAGACACAAUGUCAAGAGGAACUAGUGAGGCUUUCUUUGAUGUCGUCGAAUGGGCAGCUGAGCAACCUUGGUCGUCUGGAAAGGUUGGUUUACUCGGUAUAAGCUACUACGCCGGAUCGCAAUGGCGUGUUGCAGCGCGCAAGCCUAAAGGCUUGGCUGCGAUAAUACCAUGGGAAGGCAUGAGUGAUUAUUACCGAGACAGAUGCCGUCAUGGAGGUAUCUUGAGUAACAAGUUUAUUGACUUUUGGUGGAACCGUCAAGUCAUCACGAAUCAAUAUGGUCGCCCUGGCCGUGCAGAACGAAACUGGGGACCGGACACAGUCGACGGAAACCUAUCCGAUGAAGUGCGCGCAAAGAACAGACAGGAUCAAACUAUUGAUACUGCCAAGUACAAGUUCCGCGACGAGCUAUACUACGCAAGCAAAGAGUAUGAUAUGAGCGAUAUCGAAGUACCGCUUCUAUCAGUCGGUAACUGGGGCGGUAUCCUACUUCAUCUUCGUGGCAAUGUCGAAGGAUACGUUCAUGCUGGGUCUGAAUUCAAAUACCUACGAAUGAUCACUGGAAGACAUGAUUUGCCCUUCUACUACAAGGAAGAAGUUGAGAUACAACGAAGCUUCCUUGAUGCGUUCCUCAAGGGCGAGGAUCGUGUUGGUUGGUCAGUAAAGGGCAAGCUGCCUCCAGUCGACAUGGUCCUCCGCAAGGGCGAUGUGGGCUUCGACGAUGCCGAGAAAGAAAAGGUGUACCAAAGACGAACCGAAAACGAAUGGCCCAUUGCACGAACCCGUUACACCAACUUCUACCUCACCCCCUCCCAAACCCUAACUCAAAUCUCACCUAUCGUCACCCGCCCGCAAAAGCUCUCCUACGAAGCCCUGGGCACUCUCGACAACCCCAAGCUCCUGCAAUUCACCACCGCCCCCUUUGAGGAAGAAACCGAGAUAACCGGACACAUCGUUGCACACCUCAACGUCUCGCUCUCGGCCCACGCCACAGGCGCCACACCCACAGACAUCGACCUCUUCCUCACCCUCCGCUACAUCUCUCCUGAAGGCAAAGAAGUCCACUACACGGGCACAGCCGGAGAUCCCAUCCCCCUCGCCAAAGGCUGGCUGCGUGUUAGCCUCCGCAAAACCAACCCUUCACACCCCAAGCACCGGCCUUACCUCCCCUGGCGCGACUACUUCAGCACAGACGUGCAACCCGUUGUGCCCGGGGAUGUGUACGCUGUGGAUGUGGAGGUGUGGCCGACGAACGUGAUUGUGGAGAAGGGCGGUAAGAUUGUGUUUGAGGUUGCGAGUGGGGAUACACAGGGUAGUGGUAUUUUCCAACAUACGCACCCAGAGGAUCGGAGUGAGGAGAAGUUUGGAGGGUGGAAUCAUGUGCAUUUUUCGGAGAAGGCGCUGAAUUACGUUACGUUGCCUAUUGUUCCGCCUAAAUAG